AUGUCACUAAGCUCAUGGGUCUUUCUUAUGAAAUUUUGUAUAAGAAGGGUAAGGAUAAUGCAACUGCAAAUGCCUUAUCUAGAGCCUCUCAUGGUGACGUUAUGGGACUCUAUCCUUAAGAGUUAUGAACAAGAUUCAGCUUUACAGGACCUAAAGCUACAGUUGGGCAUUUCUCAGAGCUUAACUACAAUCUAUCAUCCUCAAUCAGAUGGUGAAAGUGAAGUCCUGAACCGUUGCUUACAACAUUACUUGAGGGCUAUGACAAGGCAAUGGCCUAAGGAAUGGGUCAAUUGGUUACCCUUGUAUGAGUGGUGGUACAAUACCACUUAUCAUUCUGUUAUCCAAACUACCCCUUUUGAGAUUGUGUAUGGCCAAGCACCUUCACUGCAUCUUCCUUAUUUCCCUCAAAGUACCAAGGUUGAGGAGGUCGAUCGAAGCUUCAUUGUAAGGGAGUGA